CAAGAAAAAUGAACUCAAGUUAGCAGGAGAAAAGUGUUGAAUUUUAUUGAACAAAAGUUUUCGUGAUAUUAAUUAAAUUUCUGAAGAAAUUUCCAAUCGUUUUGGACCAAUUGAGCCAUGACUGAACACACCUAACAUUUGAUAAUGUCCAUAUGCCUGUUUGUUUACAGCGGUACUGUUUACUUUCUCAACUGUUUUGUUUUAAAGCGGCUUUACAUAACCCGAAUUUUGUAAACCAAAGUCAGCAUUGAUCGCAAAUUUUUGACAAAAUGUUGAGUACAUUUUCCAGUGAAUAUAUGAAAAAUAAAGACAUAGGUUCACAACCGUGGCCCGAUGCGGCCGUCCUCUAUCAGCCCUAUGAAGAAGAACAGAUACUGUUGGCCGAGAAUGCCAGCUGUCUGGCGGUGCGUACCUACCUGAUCAUGUUGAAUCUUCCGUUCAAGGUGGAGCAGCGGGCCAAUGCCGAAUUUAUGUCGCCCGGUGGCAAACGGACCAAACUCCCGGUUCUGCAGGUCGAAAAUUUCAUCAAUGCCGAGUUUGAACAGAUCCUACACUUCGUCGAGCAGAAGGGCUAUUCCCUGAGCAAAAACAUCGACGAGAACACCAAAAAAGAUAUACGAACCUAUGUUUGCCUGGUGGAAAAUAUUUUCACUAAUGCCGAGCAAUAUAUCAGCUGGGUGGAUACCGAGGUUCGAAAGGAAGUAACCUUCGUAAGAAAUGGUUGUGUGUAUCCAUUUCCGCUAAAUCAUAUUCAAAAUUUCCGUAAACUGAUGUCGGCUCGGCGACAGUUAGGCGUUAACGAAUAUUUGAAUCUGUCCUUGGAGAACGUCAUCAAAAAGGUGGAAAAGCUUUGCAAAACUCUGAGUAAUCUGUUGGGCGAUCAAAAGUACUUUUGCGGUGCCAAGCCUAUAGAACUGGAUGCCUUGGUGUUCGGUCAUUUGUUUAGCAUUUUCACCAUGACUCUGCCGAAUGAUGUUCUAGCUGUGACGAUCAAUAAGUACGAGAAUUUGAUUCGGUUCUGCAAAAACAUUAAUGCUGAAUACUUCAAUAAAGCACGGAAACGGCCGACAUAAAUAUUAUCCCUUGAACCUGCUAGUUGAGGUAAUUGUUCUAUGUAUUUUGAAAUGCUUUUAGUGGAGUAAAUUAAAC